GAUCAUUACACUUGUUAAUAUCGUUGGUUGUAUUUAAAUUGUAAAAUACGUUAAGCAAUGAAAAUUAAUUGAAUAAAAGCAGUUCAAAUUCUGAGAAGGAUUAAUUUGUGCAUGAUAGUGCUAUUUCGUAAUCCAUACUUAAAGAAAAUAUAGCUAAGCAUUCGAUCUAUGAUGGAUUCUUGUGUUUACGACGUGGUAAGCAAUGCGGUUAAUGAAACAGAGGAAACCGCAUUGGACAAAGCUGAAACAAAACGGAUAUAUCUUUGGAGACAAAUGUUUGUAUCAAGCGGUGUUUGGUCGAUUUAUUUUGUUCUUGGUUUGGGCUUUGGAGCGCCAACUGUAAUGAUCCCACAGAUCAGAAGAGAAGCUAACUCAACAGACGCAGUCACGGAGAGCAUGGCUUCAUGGCUAACAUCCGUCCACGGGUACGGCGCGCUGCCAUGGGUAUUCGUGAUACCUCUCUUGACAAGAUAUGUUGGAAGAAAAAUACCUUUUCUAAUAAUCUGUCUCGUUACUUUGAUAUCCUUUGUGUUAUUUUACUUCAGUACCAAUACAACGCAUUUAUUAAUCAGUGCGGUUAUGCAAGGCAUGCUUCUAGCAAGCAACAUGACUUUAUUGAUUGUCAUUAUAACGGAAUACUCCUCUCCGAAAUAUCGAGGGAUGUUCAUGAUAUUUGAAUCUACAAUUUUCUUUUUGGGUAUAUGGGUAGCUAAUGCGACGGGAGUUUUUUUGCAGUGGAAAAACAUCGGGUACAUCGCCUUUAUUUGUUCUUUAUACCCUUUGACUGUCGUAUUUUGGCCUGAAUCGCCUUACUGGUUGGCGAUGAAGGGCCGGUUCGAAGAAUGUGCCGCUUCACACCACUGGCUGAAAGGGUACGAUAAAGAUUCCCAAUGUGAACUCGAGACAUUGAUUGAUUCCCAGAAACAGUAUAUUAAGAUGUGUGAGGAGAACAAACGAAAUGUUGCAGGGAAUAGGGUGAAGUUUAUUUAUGAAACUAUAAGCACAAAAGCGUUUUAUAUGCCAAUGCUUAUUUCUGUUGUAGUAAUGUCAAUGUACCAUUUUUCUGGAAAAUUAGUAUGCACAAUGUAUGCGAUGGAUUUAAUCAAUCAAAUAACUGGCAGUAACAUGACCUCAAGUUAUGGCAUGCUGAUUAUGGACAUAAUUACAAUAGUAGGUAUGCUGCUCGGUUGUAUUUUAUCAAAGAUUUUGAAUAGGCGUACAUUGUUGUUAAGUUCGGCCACUUCGGGAAUUUUCUUUCUCUAUGUCAUAUCUGUAUAUUUAUAUCUUAUUAAGUAUUCGGUUAUUGCGGAGAAUAGAUAUUUGUCAAUAUUAUUUUUGACAUUAUUUUCCGUAUCAAUAAGUCUCGGUCCCAUGAUAAUGCCGUCCACUAUAUUCGGAGAAUUAAUAUGUGGGAGGUACCAAACGCCUUGCUUACUUUUAUUGACAUUGUUUUCUGAGUUUUUAAUGGCGACCGUUUUGAAAAUCUCUCCAUUUAUAUUUCGUACGUUGAGCUUACCCGGUGCUUUUUUGUUUUACGGGAUGUCCGCAUCUGUUUUCACGUUAAUCGUUUACAAAUAUUUACCGGAAACUAAAGAUAAAACUAUACUAGAGAUAGAGAAUUAUUUCAAAGAUCCCGUCCAGAGACGAGAAGAUGUUAAAAAAGUCUUACUAAAGGGCACCUAAUUAGUUGUGAUUCUUGUUGAUUUGCAAUAGCUCGUUAAUUAUUUAGAUAUUCGACAAAAUUACGUUAUUUCCUUGAUACUUAAAAUUACAUUAAAAAAUAAUAAUGAUACACUAAGUAAAUAUUACUUACAUUUGUAAUUUAUCUUGCUUACACAAUUAUUAAUUUGUACAUAAUACCUUCAACGGGUUAAUUAACUCUCGGUUAUGUUAAAAUAUUUAUUAGGUUACAAUUUCUUCAAGCCGAAACGCUUUACUGGUUUCGUUGAAGCAAGUCAAGGUAAAAAACCCGAACGGGCUCCCCACAAAGUCGACUCACAAGGAAUAAACAUGGUGACAAUAAAUUUAAGGUUGAAUCUCGCGUUUUAUGCAGACGACGGUAUUCGAAAGGUUGGAAAUAAUACAUGUAAUACUAAUUUUACUGGUCGUAAUUUUAUUGGUGGUAGGACCUCUUGUGAGUCCGCACGGGUAGGUACCACCACCCCAGCCUAUUUCUGCCGUGAAGCAGUAAUGCGUUUCGGUUUGAAGGGUGGGGUAGCCGUUGUGGCUAUACUGAGACCUUAGAACUUAUAUCUCAAGGUGGGUGGCGCCUUUACGUUGUAGAUGUCUAUGGGCCCAGUGACCACUUAACAUCAGGUGGUCUGUGAGUUCGUCCAACCCUUUAAGCAAUAAAAAAAAACAAUACAUAAUGCGAUAUUAAGCCGCAAAAGUAGUUCUGAGUAUGUCUACAACAAAGUCGUGAAUGGCAGACUGAAAUGUAUCUUACUUUUGUGGAAUUUUGGAAGCGAUUGACACUGUACAAUGGAGCAAAAUGUGGACCUGCUUAAAACAAAGAGGUAUGGGAGGUAAAUCAUUGGUAUAAAGUAUUUAAGUAAUCUUAUUAAAUUCUGGAAGCGCCUGAACUUUUUGCAGAUUACUUUGAUGUAAAAUCCCAUUUGAGACGUUUCCGAUAACAAAGGCAGGCGGUAAACACUGACACAAAAAAUAAUAAAACAACGAGAUCAAAAGCAUCAAGAUGUUUAUUUUAUAAAUAUUUGCUUGCUUGGGCGGAUUUUAAUAAAUCAAAAUUAAAUCUGUCAAAUAUUAUAACAUCUGUUUAUACUUUUUCAAACUUUUGGGAUCACACAGCUUUAUGAUAGUUACUAUUUUGGAGUUGAAAAAAAUAUAAAUUGUAUGUUUAAUUAAUUAAUUUUGUACGCAACAUAAAAUAUAUUAAAAAAAUUAAUGUAAUAAA